GGAGAAAACGUGCUUUUCCUGGUGACCAACUUCAUCGCUACAGCAAAGCAAGCCCAGGGCGCCUGUCCCGAGGUUCUAGACUUGGUGGAUGUCUUCUAUAAAUGUUUGGGAUGUGCUUGGAGAAACGGGAGCAGCCAUGCAGAAAUGUGGAGCCCCUCUGUUCUUGAUGCGACGUGCACAGAAGAUGCAGACUGUCCCGUGGGAAACCCAGUGGUUCGUGGCAACGGGAUAAAAACUGGGAAAUGUGUGAUGUUCAACACCACCCAUUCCACCUGUGAGAUCUAUGGCUGGUGUCCUGUGGAGAAUAACACUCUGCCCAGGAAACCUCUUCUGGCUGAGGCAGAGAAUUUCACUCUUUUUAUAAAAAAUACCAUCCACUUCACCAAAUUUAACUUCUCCAAGUGCAAUACUUUGCAAACCAAUGACCCUGCCUAUUUCAAGAGCUGCACGUACGAUCCGUUCUUCAGCCCCUCCUGCCCCAUCUUCCGUGUCCGUGACAUGGUGGAGGCAGCUGGAGAGACCUUUGGGGACCUCGCACUGCUGGGGGGGAGCAUUGGAGUCCGCAUUGAGUGGGACUGCGACCUGGAUCACCCUGCUGCCCAGUGCCAGCCACAGUACUCCUUCAGCCUGCAGGACCGGAGGUACAAUUUCAGAACUGCCUCCUACUACUGGGACUCCCAGCGGCGGCUCUACCGGAACCUACUGAAGCUCUACGGCAUCCGCUUUGACAUCUCUGUGCAUGGCCAGGCUGGGAAGUUCAGCAUAAUUCCGGCUGCUGUGAGCUUCGCCACUGGCAUCGCGUUCUUUGGUGCCGCCACGGUGGUCUGUGACCUGGUUCUGCUCUACCUGGAUGCGAAAGCUGACUUCUAUUGGAAGGAGAAGUUCGAGGAGGCAAAACCCCCUAAAGGUAAGACCGAGGCUGCCGCUUAG